GCUGGCCAGUCCUGCCUGGAAGGCGAGCCCUGGGCUCUGGGGAUGCUUCCGCUUAAUCAUGGACUGGGGGUGUGUGAGGUGAAAGAAGGAAAGCGGGAAUCGUGGCCUUCUGGACCUGCCCUGUGUCCAUGUCUCCUCUGUUGCAUUCACAGAACAGGUUCAACACUGGCAAGUCUGGCAUGGGGGUGGCACAUGCUGGGGGGGGGCAAGUGAGUUUCUUUCCUGAUUGUGGGGAGUUGGGCCGGGUACUCUUCCCCUUCCUGUUACCCCCAUUCAUUGGAAAGCCAGAUUUGUCACCCCACACAGGAGUGGACUGUCCCAUUCCAGCAGGCGCCGUGUCCUGUGGCCCUCAAGUGCUGCUCCACUCCCAGCUCUGGGGGGUCUCUGGAGUCCCUGUGACGGAGGGAGAGGGUGUGCGGCUCCAAGCUUAGGCCUGCUCCACCGCUUGGCCGGCGAGCUCCCUGGCAAGGGGAGUCUGCAUGCUUCAGGGAAAGGAACUGGCUCAACUCUUCCCUUCCACACCAGGUCUGAAGCGACUGCACCACGCUCAAGAACUCUGCAAUGCCACCUUGGUGGCCGGAGAGAAGAGGUUUUCCUGCAACAGGGCGCUGCUUGCCUCCCUCAGCCCUUACUUCCACGCUGUGUUCACGAGUGGCUUCAAGGAGUCCCGGGACGGGGAAGUUCUCCUGCAGGGCGUGGACCCCUCCAUCCUCCAGAGCCUGUUAACCUACCUCUACACGGGGGAGCUGGCCCCCAGCCCGGAGACUGCCGAAGACCUGUUCACAGCAGCCAGCCGCCUCCAGCUCCAGCCUGCACUAGAGCUCAUCAACAGAUACUUAAAGGAGAGGCUCUCCGUGGAGAACUGUCUUCGCCUUUAUAUGCUAGCUCACGACCACAACAGUGCCACGCUGCUGCAUGCCACGUUACGCUACUUAAGCCUCCACUUUGACUCCCUCUUGGAACACAAGGAUUUCCCCUGCCUCGACCUGGGUGCCCUGAGCAGUAUCCUCUCAUCAGACCGCCUAGCUGUGGCCUCUGAAAUGGAUGUCUACCGGGCCCUGAGGUGCUGGGUGAUGGCAGAACCGGCAGAGCGCUUGCCCGCGCUUAGAGUGCUGCUGCAAGACUUGCGUUUCCCACUCCUGACGCCUGCAGAGGCAGCGGAAGUCCUGGCGGAAGUAGUGACCUUUGACCCUCAACUGGAAUUGCAAUGGGAAGACGUAGACGGGGCUGGAAGGUUGCAGGCAAGUGGGGGGCUCCGGCAGGGCAUGUACCAGGAAAGGAUUGUGUGCAUUAAAGUGCCGCGCUUGAGGGACAUCAUUUCAGGAAACGGCGAUAUGGACUGUUAUAUGGAGUGCAUGGAUCCGGGCACAGGGAUGCGGGCAACGCUGCCUCCUUUAGAACUAGUGGCUCUCCCUGGCUGCACGACUCUGGGGCACAAGCUCUAUCUUUCCGGAGGAAAAUUCUCCGACGGUUCCUACUCCCGGGCGUUGCAUGAGUACGACGCCCUGGCCGACCGCUGGACGCCGCUCCCUGCUAUGUCAACGGCCCGCUCAGUUCACAUGCUCCUGACUUGCAAGCGGAAGCUUUUUGCCCUGAGUGGCUGGAAUGAAUCCGGUCCACUUGCCUCCGCGGAGAGCUUCGACACAGCACAGCAGACGUGGUCGCCCAUGGCCAGCUUGCCCCUCAUCCUGCGCUUCUCUGCCCCCGCCCCAUUCAGAAACAAGCUGUAUCUGAUCGGAGGGGAUGCAGACUCUGAGGAGGUGGCCUAUCAGGGCAUCCUCGUCUACGACAUCCCCUCGGACACCUGGACGCAGGUGCCCCUGGAAUUCAGUCUCUAUGGGGCAGCGGCUCUCGCCAUGGAUGCCGGGGUCUGUGUCAUUGGGGGGUUCUUCUCAGGAAAGGUCCUGCACCCCUAUCCAAACAGGAGGUUCAGCCAGCUUCUCCCGUGCACCCAACAAUGUUUUCUCAUGCAGGAGGCUGGAGUGGUGAGCAAGGGCAUCACAGUCCCUCCGCUGCCCUUGCCGCUUGCCUUUGCUGGCGCCACUCACUGGCAGGGGACGGUCUAUGUGAUAGGAGGGGUGUGUGCCUCCAGAACGCACGACGCAAUUUACCACUGGAAGCCUGGGGAAGAGGCCUGGACUCAGUACCCGGAGAACCUCACGGGCCCCGGCGGAAUCCUGCGGAGGGUGCUGAAGUGCGUGACCUUGAAAGUUGCGGGGCCGGAGCUGAAGGCUCUCCUACAAGAGACCUCGGCAAGCCGGGUGGCUGUUGGGCUCUCGGAUCAGGGCGGGGACGGACCGGGGCCGCUGCCCCCCUCCCCUUGACCCCUGUUGGACACUGAACACCCAGGCCUGGGGAAGCCGGCCAGACUCUUCUCACUCAUUAAAAGCCUGUGGCUUCUGUCCCUCAAACCAGCCUCCUCCUAAUUUUCCUGCAGGACAGAGGAGCCUGCCUCCGUCCACACAGCUGAGCAUUCAGCUGGGAAGCAGCUCUUCAGGCAGCACCUCCUGGGGCAGCCGCCCAGGCGGGGCUCACGUAUGGUACCAGGUGGUGGGGGGGGCGCGGGAUGGUGCCUUCUGUGGGGGCCGGGGGGCCUU